AGUCAGUUUUAUGCUCACUGCUGUUUCACUAACAUCUACCGAAUGAAAGACUGCAUUUCUAUCCGACUCUCACAUAGUUACUGCUUUCUAGAUCUGAGUUGGAACCCACUGGGCCAAUGAUGUCUGAGAAAAUUGAAACACUGAGGAAUGAUGAAAUCAUGGACCCCAUGCCUAUGUGGUAUCCAGAUUCAAAGAAAAACACACUUCUGGACAGGUUUAGAGCUCAAGUGAAUGAAUGCUUUGAGCAGAAUCUGGACAACUACAAAGAAUUGUAUCAGUGGUCAGUGGAGAAUUACUCUGAGUUCUGGGCAGAAUUCUGGAAAUUUAGUGGCAUCGUCUACUCUCGUCUGUAUGAUGAGGUGGUUGACAGAACAAAGGGUAUUCAUGAAGUUCCAGAGUGGUUCAAGGGCAGUCGUUUAAACUAUGCAGAAAACCUACUGAAACACAAAGAAGAGGACAAAAUUGCCCUUUAUUCUGCACGUGAGGGCACAGAAGAGAUCACCAAAGUAACCUUUAAGGACCUCAGGAGAGAUGUGGCUAUUUUUGCUGCUGCCAUGAGGAAGAUGGGAGUGAAAGUUGGUGACAGAGUUGUUGGGUAUUUACCAAACAGUAUUCAUGCGAUUGAAGCCAUGCUUGCAGCUUCAAGUAUUGGUGCUAUCUGGAGUUCCACAUCACCUGAUUUUGGUGUCAACGGUGUACUGGACCGUUUCUCUCAAAUCCAACCAAAGCUGAUCUUCUCCGUUGAAGCUGUAAUAUACAAUGGCAAAGAACACGAUCACAUGGAGAAAUUACAGAAUGUGGUGAAAGGCCUGCCUGAUUUGUGGAAGGUUGUUGUGAUCCCAUAUGUUCACUCAAAGGAAAAGAUAGAUAUUUCAAGGAUUUCAAAUUGUGUAUUUCUAGAUGACUUUCUUGCCACUGGGAAGGAAGGAGAGCAGGCACCGCAGCUGGAGUUUGAACAACUGCCUUUCAGUCAUCCUUUAUUUAUUAUGUAUUCAUCAGGAACAACAGGAGCACCAAAGUGCAUGGUCCAUUCAGCUGGGGGCACUCUGAUUCAGCAUCUGAAAGAACAUAUUCUCCAUGGUAACAUGACCAGCAGUGAUGUCAUCAUUUAUUAUACAACCGUUGGUUGGAUGAUGUGGAACUGGUUGGUUUCUGCUCUGGCAACCGGUGCAUCUGUUGUCCUGUAUGAUGGUUCACCUCUUGUGCCAUCCCCUAAUGUGUUGUGGGAUUUGGUUGACAGACUUGGCAUUACUAUUUUUGGAACAGGAGCAAAAUGGCUGGCUGUACUUGAAGAAAGAAAUCUCAAACCACGUGAAACUCAUAGCCUGCAGACAUUGCAUACAAUACUGUCUACAGGCUCUCCAUUGAAACCACAAAGCUAUGACUAUGUCUACAGAGACAUAAAGAGACAUGUCCUGCUGGGAUCAAUUUCAGGAGGAACAGAUAUAAUUUCCUGCUUUAUGGGGCAGAACGUCACAGUACCGGUUUACAGAGGAGAAAUUCAGACAAGGAAUCUGGCAAUGGCUGUGGAAGCCUGGGAUGAAGAAGGCAAACCAGUGUGGGGUAAAAGCGGAGAACUGGUGUGCACCAAGCCAGUCCCCUGUCAGCCAACUCAUUUCUGGAAUGAUGAAAACGCCAUCAAAUACCACAAAGCAUAUUUCUCCCGAUUCCAAGGUGUUUGGGCUCACGGAGACUAUUGCAAAAUAAACCCCAAAACCGGAGGAAUUGUCAUGCUUGGAAGAAGUGAUGGUACACUAAACCCCAAUGGCGUACGAUUUGGUAGUUCAGAAAUCUACAACAUCGUGGAAGCUUUUGAGGAAGUGACCGACAGUCUUUGUGUCCCCCAGUAUAACUAUGAUGGUGAGGAAAGGGUAAUUCUUUUCCUGAAAAUGGCACCUAAUCACACUUUCAGUGCCAGCCUGGUGAAGAAACUACAGAGUGCAAUUCGUUCUGCUCUUUCAGCCAGACAUGUUCCAGCUCUGAUUCUGGAAACAAAAGACAUUCCGUACACCAUUAGUGGAAAAAAGGUUGAAGUUGCUGUGAAACAAAUUAUCGCUGGCAAAGAAGUCAAGCACCGUGGUGCUUUCUCAAAUCCAGAAUCUUUGGAUCUAUUUCACAACAUCCCAGAGCUUGAGACAUUCUGAUAUCAUUAUGGACCUGUAUAUAUUAUAUGUAUAUUUGUAUAUAAAUGGGACUCUAUUUAAAUACUAUUUUCAUGUUUUUUCCCCGUUUUGAGGUUAUGUGGAAGCCAGAUAUGUUCGUGAGCCCAGUGUAUAGAGUAAUUUAAUAGCUCCUUUGCAUGUAAUUCUUUAGUUCCUAAAGUGAUGCAGUGCUGCUGUUAAUUGCGCAACUCUUCUCUUUAAUGAGCUCUGCUUUGUGAAGUUUAUUUAAUUUUGUAAUGUUACAAUAAGGAACAUGGCAAAUGGAUUCAUUAAAGUUUUACACGGCUGAUGACGGUGCUGCUUGGUAACAUUCUAGGAGUCAAGUGUAAGACAUCUAUUCUGUUAAUCUAGGCAUAGUUUUUAUGCUGUCUGUGAAAACUGCCAGCAUGCCAUAUCUAAAUAAUGCACUCUGCCAAUGUUUUUGUUCCUUUACUGACUUUCUGUUGAAGUAGUCUGUUUCCUAAUUCUUAUGUACUUUUAAUAUUUCAUAACAUACCCUGGGAUGAAAUUGCUGCUGCUGUUAAAUGAGUUUUCUCAGCGGUAACUUUAUGUUCUCUUUGUUUAAAUAUAUAUCAUUGUAGAACUCCAAUGUCAAACUGUUAUAAAAUAGGCACAGUUUAAUGGCUUCUCAACCAGUUCAUUUAAUGGAAACAUUUUUACAUUUAAAAGCCUGACCUUGAUUUUAUAAACCUGUUUGCAUGUAGAAAAAAUGAUAUCAUUUUUUAGUUCAUGAAAUGUGAAAUAAUUCCAAAGUGAGUGUGAUAAAACUGCAAAAACCUUUUGCACAUCCCAGUCAAUGUAUGCAUUUUAUACGCCAGUACUAAAGUAAAUAGAUAUUGUGAAAAGAAUGAAAUAGGUGAUCAAGGAAUGCUGUUUCUCCAGGAAAUUUUACUGUUAUUGCCUGCAUGCUUUUUAAGUCUGUAAGUUAAAAAUGUUGCUGAAAUUGUGAAGGAGAAACCAUGCAUUACUAAUUUUUUAAAACAUGCUGAAGCUACAUCUGUAUUUUUUCACAGUAUGUUCUAGCUGUACAAUAAUUCAUGCGUGGUGAAACUGCUGAGGGCAAGACAUCAAAUUAAGUAGGCUAUGCACUUUGUAUGGCACUUAAAAUUUAUAAGACUAUUUAUAGAUAUUUCUUCCAUUCUGUUUUUUAACAUACAUACUUGUGUGCAUGUCUUUGCCAUUGGCAAGACGUGUCAUACUUGAAGUAUUCUGUUAAACUGAGACCUCUUCUACCAUCUGUUGUAGCAUCUCAGAAAGAUGCCAGUGACCAUGCUGCAUUCUUGAUAGAUGAUUAACUCUGAUUCUCUGGUUAUUGUCUGCAAAGUGUCAUCACCCACUCAUGUAUACACCGACUGAAAUUGCUUUUGCAGAAUGUAACCCUGUAACAGGUUUGCCACAUCUUUAGUUCUAAAAAUUUGACAAAAAACAGGAAAAAGAAGUUAUGUACUCACCAUAACUUUCCACCUGUGUUGUCCAUUUUCAUUCUUCCUCAGCUUACGGGUUCGAAUCCGAUAUCUGACUCAGAUGUUGCAAAGGCUUGUGGCAACGAGAAAACUCUCAAGCUCUUCCCUUAACCAUAAUGUACCAACCCCAAGUACCUCACAUCUUGUUUGCUAAUAACAGCAAUAGAUAUAUAGCAGUAACAAAUAGAGUGGACUGUAUCUGGAGCUAUGUACCAAGGAAGUAACAUACCUAAAAACACUUGCUCUUCUAGGAGUUUUUAAGGCAGGGGGUUGUUGGGCAGCGAGUUGAGGAAGAAUGAAAAUGGACAACACAGAUGGAACAUUAUGGUGAGUACAGAACUUCUGAUGUUUUCAGUUCUGUCCUCAACUUAUGGGACAGAGUCCCCAGCUACCUAAAUCCCCGGGUGGACUCAAAAAAGGAUAUUUCUGAGCACCAUUAAAUCAAAUGAUGCUCUACCCAUGGAGAUCAUGUCCAAUUUGUAAUGAGUAACAAAAGUAUGGGAAGUAGCCCAAGUUGCUGCUGCACAAAUUUUGUCCAUGGAAGCUCUGUGCUGGAAGACUGAUGAAGUAGUGGAAUGAGGUCUUAAUGGUUUUGAUAAGGUAAUGCCCAAUUUCUUCUAUAUAUAAGAAAUACAAUCAGUCAGCCAUCUGGCUAGAGUGAUUUUGGCAACAGGUUUUCCUAGUUUUUUGUCAGGAAAAAGAGACAAAUAACUGGUCAGUCUUCCUGAUAUUUUCUGUCCUGUCCAGGUAAAAAUGCAAUUGCCUGUGAACAUCCAAUAAAUGCAAACCGUAUUUGCCUUUGUUAGAAAAUUUAGGGAAAAAUACCAGCAAGUUAUUAAAUGGAUUAAUAUUAGUCUCGGUAACAACUUUAGGGAGAAAGGUAGCAUUAGUUGGUAAAGUGACCCUGCCUUUGUAAAAGAUCAAAUAAGGUGGUUUCGAAGAUAAAGCCUGAAUCUUUCAAAUUUUUCUAGCAGAAAUAAUGGCUACUAGAAAAAAUAGUUUUCCAGGAAAGAAACUUGAGGUCACAUUUAGCAGCAGGUUCAAAGGGGGUUUGAAUAAGUUGCUGCAGUGCCAGAUUUAGGUCCCAUGGGGGAGUAGGGUCUCUAAAGGGAGGCCUGAAAAGAAAUGUAUUUCACAAAAAGGUUUUGCUUAGCCAAUGGGAGGCAACAGAAGGACUUUCAAAUCAUAUGUGAAAAUUGGAUAUCACCGUUAGCUGGACGUUCCCUGUGGAGGAGCUAGCUCCUUCUUUAAAAAAAAGGCUAAAAAUUCAAUGAUACUAUGUGAAGGAGCAGAAAAGAGAUCAACCUUAUUUUUGCAGGCCCAGCGAGCAACUCUUUUCCAUUUACUGGAGUACAGUUUAUGUGCAGAUGGUUUAUGGAAAGAUAAGUGUAUCUGAUGGACUGGAGAGGAGAUCAUAGGUUGUCUGGCUUCAAAUGGAAUUUGGGAAGGCAAGUUGUCAGCCUGAAGUUUGAUAUGUCUGGAUGGAUCCAGAAUCCAUGGUGGGUGGAGUGAAUGAGGCCAAAGGAAGGGGGACCAAAUCUGUCAAAGCCAAAAAGGUGCAAUGAGGAUAACUUUGCUUUUCAACAUGGCAACUUUCUGCAAGAACUUGGAAAUUAAUGGGAUUGUUGGGUAGGCAUAAAGCAGGCCAAGGGGCCAAUGGUGAAGUAGAGCAUUCCUCUGUGACUCCGCCCAUGGGAAGUCAGGGCAAAGUAGCUGCUGCAUUCGUUGUUUAUGGGAGAAUUGAAAAGAUUGCAGCAAGGCCAGCCCCACUCAUGAAACAUUAUCUUCGCCACAUUCCUGUUGAGAAAGCAUUCAUGUGGUAGAAGAAUGCACCUGCUCAGCUUGUCUGGUCUCACAUUGGGUUUCCCUAGAAUAUGCAUUGCUAUGAGAAAGCAGUUGGAUGAGAUCACCCAUUGCCACAUUCUGACUGCUUCUUGACAUUAGGGGAAGAUCUGGUUCCUCCUUGUAUGUUGAUUUACUAAACUACUGAUGUAUUGUUUAUUUAAUUUGCAGUCGGCCCCAAAGGGAGAGCUUCUUGAAAGGCCUGCAAGGCUAAAAGGACUGCUCAUAUCUCUAGGACAUUGAUAUUCAAAUUAACCUCUUCAGAGUACCAAGUGCCUUGGACUGCUUUCCCAGGUAAUGCCCCACCCCACCCUAACUGGGAGGCAUUCGGGCUGAGGGGGAAUGAAUGGAUGGCAUUGUAGGACCUGCUCUGAUUGAAUCCACCACUUGAGAUCACUCUUGCAAAUCUGAGUAACACGUAUCAGGAUUGACAUAGGUUGAUAGAGUAUUGACCAUUGCUUGGCUAACAUCCACUGUAGAAUCCUCAUGUAAAAUCUUUCUAAAGGUACUAGAGUUAUUGCAGCUGCCAUUGAUCCCAGAGCCUGAAGGACUAAGUGGGCUGAGACUUUGGUACUGCAGAUUAUUUUCCUGACCUGUAUACUUAAGGUCUGAACUCUUAGAGGAAGCAUUGAGGCUAUCAUUGACUUUGUGUUGAACAGUGCUCCUAUAAAUUCCACAUUUUGAAUAGGUUCCAAAAGAGUCUUUUUGUAGUUUAUAGUUAUCCUUAGAUCAGAGCAUGUGUGAAUAACACAAUCUCUUUCAUCUAUUACUUGAUGCCUGGUUGGAGCAGUAAUGAGUCAAUCACCUAAAUACAGAAACACCUGGAAUCCUUGCAGUCUCAAGUGAGCUGCUACUACUGUCAUGCAUUUGGU